AUGACCUCCCAACCCACCACUGCAACCUCAACACUAGUUGUCCUGACAUCCUCACCACUCAAUGCAACAUCACCACGAGCCAACUGGACCGCCACACCAUUUACUGCAACCUCAUCACCAGUGACCAUCACCUCCCAAACCCCCACUGCAAUCUCAACACCAGUUUUUGUGACAUCCUCACCACUCAAUGCAACAUUACCAGUAGCCCCUUUCAAUGCAACCUCACAACCCUUUUCCACAGCACCCUCAUCUGUCAGUACGAUGUUACCUCCUAUCAAUUUCACCUCUUCAUCCCCCUAUGUAACCUCACCUACAGUCAACAUCACCUUCCAAACCUCCAUUGCAACCUUAACUCCAGUUGUCAUGACGUCAAUACAACUGCAACAUACAACAUCAGUUGUAGUAACUUCCCCCAUCUUCAAUGACACCUCACGACCCAUUGUCCUGACAUCUUCACCUGUCAAUGCAACUUCACCACCAGCCAAAAUUACCCCCCCGCCAUAUACUGCAACCUCACCCCCAGUUGUCACAACCACUUUACUCAUCAGGUCAACUUUACCACCGCUUACAAUGACCCUCCCAACACUUAAUGGAACCUCACCAUCAAUCACCAUGACAUCCCCAGCAUUUACUGCAACCUCACCCCCAGUUGUCACAACCACUUUACCCAUCAGGUCAACUUUACCACCGCUUACAAUGACCCUCCCAACACUUAAUGGAACCUCACCAUCAAUCACCAUGACAUCCCCAGCAUUUACUGCAACCUCACCCCCAGUUGUCACAACCACUUUACCCAUCAGGUCAACUUUACCACCGCUUACAAUGACCCUCCCAACACUUAAUGGAACCUCACCAUCAAUCCCCAUGACAUCCCCAGCAUUUACUGCAACCUCACAACCAAUCACCAUCACCUCCCAAACCCCCAGUGCAAGCUCAGCACCAGUUGUCCUGACAUCCUCACCACUCAAGACAACCUCACAUCCAUUCAACAUGACUUCCCCACCAUUUACUGCAACCUCACCACCAGUCACCAUGACCUCCCAAACCCCCACUGCAACCUUAAAACCAGUUGUCCUGACAUCCUUACCACUCAGUGCAACUUCACAGCUAGCCUUCUUGACCUCACCAGCAUUUACUGCAACAUCAUCACCAGUUACCUCCCCAGCAUUUACUUCAACCUCACCAUCUGUCACCUCUCCAGCAUUUACUGCAACCUCACCAUCUGUCACUGUGAGCUCCCCACCAUUUACUGCAACCUCACCACCAGUGACAAUAACUUCCCAAAACCCUACAACAACCUCACCACCAGUCACCAUCAUCUCCCAAACCCCCACCACAACCUCAACAACAGUUGUCCGAACAUCCUCACCACGAGAUGCAUUAUCACCACUCACUAACUUGACCUCUACCCCCAAUGCAUCCUCACUACCCUUUUCCGCAACACCCUCAUCUUCCAGGACCAUCUUACCUCCUUUCAAUUUGACCUCCUCAGCCCCAUAUAUAACCUCACCACCAGUCACAAUGACCUCCCAAACCCCAACUGCAACCUCAACACCAGUUGUCCUGGCAUCCUCACCACUCAGUACAACAUCAACACUAGCCAACUUGACCUCUCCGCAAUUUACUGCAACCUCACCACCAGUGACAAUGACCUCCCAAACCCCCAGUGCAACCUCAGCAACAGUUGUCCUGACAUCCUCACCACUCAAGGCAACCUCACAUCCAUUCAGUAUGACUUCCCCACCAUUUACUACAACCUCACCGCCAGUCACCAUGACCUCCCAAACCCUCACUGUAACCUCAGCACCAGUUCUCCUGACAUCCUCACCACUCAACGUAACAUCACAUUCAGCUAACAUGACCUCCCCAGCAUUUACUUCAACCUCACCACCAGUCACCUCCCCCCCAUUUGCUGCAACCUCACCAUCUGUAACCGUGACCUCCCCACCAUUUGCUGCAACCUCACCACCAGUGACCAUGACCUCCCAAACCCCCACUGUAACCUCAACACCAGUUCCCCUGAAAUCCUCAGCACUAAAUCCAACCUCAUUUCCAGCCAAUAUGACCUCUCCGCCAAUUACUGCAACCUCACCAUCUGUCACCUACCCACAAUUUACUGCAACCUCACCACCAGUGACCAUGACCUCCCAAACCCCCAGUGCAACCUUAGCACCAGUUGUCCUGACAUCCUCACCACUCAUUGCAACCUCACAUCCAUUCAACGUGACUUCCCCACCAUUUACUGCAACCUCACCACCAGUCACCAUGGCCUCCCAAACCCCCACUGUAACCUCAACACCAGCGCUCCUGACAUCCUCAACACUCAAUGAAACAUCACAUUCAGCUAACAUGACCUCCUCAGCAUAUACUGAAACCUCACCACCAGUAACCUCCCCACCAUUUACUGCAACCUCACCAUCUAUCACAUCCCCACCAUUUACAGUAACAUCACCAUUACCCAAUCUGACCUCUACACCAUUUACUGCAACCUCACCAUCAGUCACCAUGAUCUCCCCACCAUUUUCUGCAACCUCACCGUCAGUCACCAUGACCUCACCACCAGUCACCGUCACCUCACAAACCCCGGCGUCAACCUCAACACCAGUUGUCCUGACAUCCUCACUACUCAAUGCAACCUCAUAUCCAUCCAACAUGACAUCCCUAGCAUUUAAUGCAACCUCACCACCAGUCACCAUCAUCUCCCAAACCCCCACUACAACCUCAAAACCAGUUGUCCUGACAUCCUCACCACUAAAUGCAACAUCACACCAAGCCAACUUGACCUCCCUACCAUUUACUACAACCUCACCAUCAUUCACCAUGACCUCCCCACAAUUUACUGUAACCUCACCACCAGUCACCAUGACCUCCCCACCAUUUACUGCAACCUCAACAUCAGUCACCAUGACCUCCCCACCAUUAACUACAACCUCACCAUCAUUCACCAUGACCUCUCCACCAUUUACUGCAACCUCACCACCAGUCACCAUCAUCUCCCAAAUCCCCACGACAACCUCAAAAGCAAUAGUCAUGACAUCCUUACCACUCAAUGCAACAUUACCACUAGCCAACUUAACCUCCCAAACCCCCACUGCAACCUCAACACCAGUUGUCCUGACAUUCUCAACACUCAGUGCCACACCACCGCUAGUCAACUUGACCUCCCCACCAUUUACUGCAACCUCACCACCAGUCACUGUCACCUCCCAAAUUCCCAUUGCAACCUCAAGUCCAGUUGUCAUGACAUCAAUACAACCCAGUGUCACAUCAACAUCAGUUGUAAUAACAGCCUCCAUCUUCAAUGCAACCUCAACAUCAGUCACCGUCCCCCCAUAUACUGCAACUUCACCACCAGUGACCAUGACAUCCUCACUACUCAAUGAAACCUCACAUCCAGCCAACAUGACUUCCCCAGCAACUACUGCAACCUCACCAUCAGUCACCAUCACCUCCCAAACCCCCACUGCAACCUCAACACUUGUUGUUUUGACAUCCUCACCACUCAAUGCAACCUCACAUCCAACCAACAUGACCUCUCCAUCAAUUACUGCAACCUCACUGCCAGCGGUCACAACCACUUUAACAAUCAGUUCAACUUUACAACCACUUACAAUGAACCUCUCAACACUUAAAGGAACCUUACCACCAGUCACCAUGAUAUCCCCACCUUUUAAUGCAACCUCAUCAUCAGUCACCAUCCCCUCACAAACCCCCACUACAACCUCAACGCGAGUUGUCGUGACAUCCUCCCCACUAAUUGCAACAUCACAGCUGGCCAACUUGACCUCCCCAGCAUUUACUGCAACCUUACCACCAGUUGUCACAUCAACCAUUGCAACUUCAAGCCCAGUUGUCCUGACAUCAUCACCACUCAUUGCAACAUCACAGCUAGCCAACUUGACCUCACCAGCAUUUACUGCAACCUCACCACCAGUUGUCACAACCACUUUAGCAAUCAGUUCAACAUUACUACCACUUACAAUGACCCUCUCAACACUAAAAGGAACCUCACUACCAGUCACCAUGACAUCCCCACAAAUGACUGCAGUCUCACCAUCAGUCACCAUCACCUCACAAACACCCACUGCAACCUCAACACCAGUUAUUGUGACAUCCUCACCACUCAAACCAGCCAACAUGACCUCCCCACCAAUUACUGCAACCUCACUACCAGCUGUCACAACCACUUUACCAAUCAGUUCAACUUUACAACCACUUACAAUGAACCUCUCAACACUUAAAGGAACCUUACCACCAGUCACCAUCACCUCACAAACCCCCACUACAACCUCAACACCAGUUGUUGUGACAUCCUCCCCACUCAUUGCAACAUCACCACCAGUUGCCAUGACCUCCCAAAACCCAACAAUUACUACCCCCACAACAUCAACUACUUCAACAAUUACUUCCCUCACUACAUCAACUACCCCAUCAAUUACUUCCCCCACUACAUCAACUACCCCAACAAUUACUUCCCUCACUACAUCAACUACCCCAACAAUUACUACCCCCACUACAUCAACUACUUCAACAAUUACUUCCCUCACUACAUCAACUACCCCAACAAUUACUUCCCCCACAACAUCAACUACCCCAACAAUUACUUCCCCCACUACAUUAACUACUUCAACAAUUACUUCCCCCACUACAUCAACUACCCCAACAAUUACUUCCCUGACUACAUCAACUACCCCAACAAUUACUUCCCCCACU